GGUGGGCGUGGCCGGGCGAAGAUGGCAGCGCUGAGCGGGGACGCGCUGGGGCUGGAGCGGGACGUGUCCCGGGCCGUGGAGCUGCUGGAGCGGCUCCAGCGCAGCGGGGAGCUGCCCCCCCAAAAGCUGCAGGCGCUGCAGAGGGUCCUGCAGAGCAAGUUCUGCUCUGCCAUCCGCGAGGUCUACGAGCAGCUCUACGACACCUUGGACAUCGCGGGGAGCCCCGAAAUCCGCGCCCACGCCACGGCCAAGGCCACGGUGGCGGCGUUUGCGGCCAGCGAGGGCCACGCCCACCCGCGGGUGGUGGAGCUGCCCAAGACCGAGGAGGGUUUGGGCUUCAACAUCAUGGGGGGCAAGGAGCAGAACUCGCCCAUCUACAUCUCGCGCGUCAUCCCCGGCGGGGUGGCCGACCGCCACGGGGGGCUCAAGCGCGGCGACCAGCUGCUCAGCGUCAACGGCGUGAGCGUGGAGGGGGAGCAGCACGAGCGCGCGGUGGAGCUGCUGAAGGCGGCGCAGGGCUCGGUGAAGCUCGUGGUCCGUUACACGCCCCGCGUGCUCGAGGAGAUGGAGGCGCGCUUCGAGAAGCUCCGCACGGCGCGGCGCCGGCAGCACAACAGCUACUCGUCGCUGGAAUCGAGGGGGUAGAACCCCCCGGGACCCCCCGGGACCCCCCCGGGACACCCCAGGACCCCCCGGGACCCCCCCAGGACCCCCCAAAGUCACCUGGGGACCCCCUGGGACCCCUUUGGGACCCCCCAAAGUCACCUGGGACCACCCCCGGGACACCCCAAAGUCACCUGGGACCACCCCCGGGACACCCCAGGACACCCCGGGACCCCCUGGGACCCCUUUGGGACCCCCCAAAGUCACCUGGGACCCCGCGGGACCCCCCCGGGACCCCCCAAAGUCACCUGGGACCCCCCCGGGAUACCCUGGGACCCCCUGGGACCCUCCCCCAGGACACCCCAAAGUCACCUGGGACCCCCCAGGAACCCCCCGGCACCCCCCAAAUCCCCCCCCGUGUAUAUUUGGGCUAUUUCUGUACAGUAUUUAUUGGCAACUAUUUAAAGCUGUGGCCCAGGUGGGUCACCUGUGUCA